AUGUCCAAUUACCAAGAUCCGUUUUAUCAAGGUGACAGUUCUUAUUAUCAGGAUGGUUUUUAUGCCUCAAAUUUUGAUCAAAACGCGGCAGUGCCCCAAGAAAACUAUGGUCAACAAUUUCACAAUUACGGCGGUUACACAGGUGGAUAUAACAGUUACGAAUAUCCAGCUAACGGUCCGGCAGCACCUCAGCCUUAUUCUCCUUACAUGGGUAGUAUGAGUCAAGGAGUACGCCAAAUUGACGAAGCUCAUGUCACCGAUUUCGAUGAUGAACCUCCCCUCCUUGAAGAACUUGGCAUCAACUUCGAUCACAUCUGGGAAAAAACUCUUUCGGUUUUAAAUCCGCUCAAAAUGACUGAUUCCCAUAUCAUGGAUGACACUGAUUUAACAGGACCACUUAUAUUUUGUUUGGCGUUCGGAGGAUUUCUUCUUCUGCAUGGAAAAGUUCAUUUUGGUUACAUUUAUGGUUUUAGCGCCUUGGGAUGUAUGGCUAUGUACGUUGUUCUUAAUUUAAUGAGUAUGACUGGGGUGUCUGUGGGAUGUGUUAUUAGUGUCCUGGGUUACUGUCUGCUUCCCAUGGUAGCACUGUCUGGUGUCUCGUUGUUCAUGUCACUUCAAGGAAUGCUUGGAUCAAUUCUUACCACUGUUGUUAUUGGUUGGUGUAGUGUGGCAUCAUCAAAGUUUUUUGUGACAGCAUUAGCCAUGGAUCACCAGCAACCUCUUGUAGCCUAUCCUUGUGCUUUGGUGUAUGGAAUAUUUGCACUUUUAACUGUAUUCUGA